AUGAGCAGUAAUAAUACAACACUGUUCUGUGUUGAAAAAACAAGAUUGUCUCAGAAACAUUCCUAUGAAAAUAACUUACGAACGAUUACCCUUAUAUUUUUACAGGUUAAACUAGUAGGGGUGAAACUACGAGUAGAAGCACGUGUAGCUAAACUCUUCUUCGAGACUCCAAUCAGAAACAUCGUCAGCCACAUCAAAAAUUUGCUGCAAGAACCAGUAAACCAAGGAGUUGCUGCAGUUCUCAUGGUUGGUGGAUUUUCUGAGUCACUAAUGUUACAAGAAGCCAUAAGAAACAAUUUUCCCAGUCUAGGAGUUAUCGUCCCUAAUGAAGCUGGUUUGGUUGUCCUAAAAGGUGCGGUGAUCUUUGGCCAUGAUACAUCGACCAUUUCAGAAAGAGUGAGCAAAUACACAUAUGGUGUCAGUGUGUAUGAUUAUUUCGAUCCUAAUCAACACCCAGUAGCAAAGAAAAUAACAAUUGAAGGUGAAUUGCUUUGUAAAGAUAUCUUUUCUGUGCACGUACAUGCUGGUCAAACGCUAGUUGUCGGACAAGCACAAACGAAAGAAUCUUACUUACCGGUAGAUAGUGAGCAGAAAAAUGUGGCACUCAACAUUUAUGCCACCUUGAAUUUACAGCCGAAAUACACAGACGAUGCUGGAUGUCAGAAGAUUGGCACGGUGACAGUUCCUGUUUCCGGACGUGGUAUUGAUAGAGAAGUAACAGUAAAAAUGAUAUUCGGCGGUUCUGAAAUAGACAUUGAAUGCAUGGAAGUAGCUACUGGAAAGAUAACACAUGGAAUAGUGGACUUCCUCACAUAA